UACGAAAUUAUCGUCAGUAUUGCCUUAGAUCUUCGAUACUCACGUCAUAUUUUACUGUACUUCCAUCUACCAUAACACAUUUAUCGCAGACGUUUUAAAUGUGGAAGUUUUUCACGGACACCCAUUACACUAAGGACUGCACCACAUAACUAUUUAAUUUGCUCCUUUUCUUCUGAGCGAUAAUUGAAUUCUAUAAUAUCUUCUACACUUCAGCCAAUGUUAUUUAACGGGUUAAACGGGAUCUCGGACCCUGAACAGCACAUGCUUAGGGAGCCCGAAGCCCCGCCCCCUGGUCCGGCCGAGCAGCCAAUCAGACGGCUAGUGGGCGCCGUCCUGGAAUAAAUUCAGUAUUAGACUGCUGGAGCCAUCGAGCGAACGGAGGUACCUGCCGGUGCGAGGGUGGCACGGGGGGCAGCGCGUGGUGCAGUCCGCUCCCCAGCCAAAUAUAGUCUUUUUUAAGAGGAAAAAUAAUAAUACGUGGAGUAAAUAUAUACUUUUUCAAAGGAUUUGGAGUAAAAGAAUACAGUGUAUCAGCUCGGCCGUUGGAGAACUAGGUCCACAACUUAUUGUCUUGCUUUUUGAUAAUAUGCUUGAUUGUGGCGUGAAGCAGAUCGUAACUAUUCCCCUUCACGGAGAAGAUGAUCUUUUUGCACCAUUGGAUAUUACUGCGACUUUCCAACUGGGAGUAAAAACGAGCGCUGAAGCAUUCCGAAAGGAGCUCUCUCCGUGUUCCGGUUAUUUCUGCUCCUAUGCGAAUUGCUGAUUAUUCCGCUCCCCCCACUCUCCUGUUGUGCAUCAUAGGAACUGAACUCUUGCUCCACGCAGUUUACUUUUACGUGUUCCCGCAGCAAGGCAUGUUUUUCAUUACAACGUCGCCGCCAGCGUUAAAAAGUAGCGGGGCACCGUAGCGACGUUUCUGCAGUUUCCCGAAUCAGGUUUGCUCAUCACGAAGGUGCAGGAUGUGAUGUCGCGCUAUUCCAGGUCACAGGACGAGUUUAGAGAGAAUGAGGAGUCCCAGGGUGAAGCAUGAUCCGCUGGCGUGCUGCUUUUAGACUGGUGUAUCUAAUGCUUCCAUGGGAGAGUGUGACCCUGAGCCUGCACUGCUGGGUUAUCGCCGUCGUCGCAGCGGGUGCCAGUGAUGCCGCUGGUCCCCUCGGGUGGCUCCUUUCGGAUAAAGGGCCUUUUCAUCACGCACAGGAGUUCUCGGAGUAUGUGGAGCGCUACCAGCAGGGCUUCACUACCAAGUACAAGAUUUACAGAGAGUUCGGUCGCUGGAAGGUCAACAGCCUGACGCUGGAGAGGCAGGACAACAAUGGCCUGGCACUCCCGCUGGACCCGGACUUUGUGCAGAACAUCAGGAUGCUGGGCCGCAGACCCGACCUCCGAAAGAUCACCGAGAACAUCAUCAGGAAAUAUGGCACCCACUUUCUGCUCUCGGCUACCCUGGGAGGGGAGGAAUCUUUGACCAUAUUUGUGGAUAAGAGGAAGCUGAGCAAGAGGGCGGAGCUGGGGGAGUCGAAUAGCACAACGGUAACCCUGGAAACCCUCCACCAAUUGGCUGCUUCCUACUUCAUCGACAGGGAGAGUACGCUGAGGAAACUACACCACAUUCAGAUUGCAUCCACUGCCAUCAAGGUGACCGAAACCAGAACAGGUCCUCUCGGAUGCAGUAACUAUGACAACCUUGAUUCUGUCAGUUCUGUUCUGGUUCAGAGUCCGGAGAACAAGAUCCAGUUACAAGGCCUGCAGGUGCUUUUGCCAGAGUACCUGAGGAGCCGCUUCGUCCAGGCAGCCCUGAGUUACAUCGGCUGCAACUCGGAGGGCGAGUUCGUCUGCCGGGGCAGCGACUGCUGGUGCCAGUGCCAUGCAGAGUUCCCACAGUGCAACUGCCCCGAGGUGGACCUGCACGCCAUGGAGAACAACCUGCUGCACAUUAAAGAAGCCUGGAUGCUGGCUAACAAGGACUUUGAGGAAUCAGACGAGUUCCAGUUUUUCGUGAGCAGGCUGCCAACGUCCUACGCCUUGAACACGUCCGCCAUUCAGUACUUCUGGAAGACGGACGCCACCAUUCAGCAGCGCUAUAGACAGCUGGAGACGAGUGCCGGCCUGCUCCUCAGCAAAGCCCGCAGGAUUGUUAACAAGAUCUUCACCCUCAGCAAGAGGUGCCGCACACAGCCGAAAAUAAUAGUGCAGAAAGAAAGGUCUCUCAGCUACUGGCUCAAUUUUAUCCUGUCCAUCAUGUACUGCAGUGAGAAUAAUCACAUUGGGAUCUAUACAGAAGAGACACGGAGUUGCCUUUGUCCCUAUGAGCACCUGACUUGUCAAGGAGUCGUUCCCUGCACGGUCGGGGAUGGCUCCAGUUGUGCCUCCUGUGCUUCGGAGAAUCGAACAAGGUGCGCGAGUUGCAACCCAGGCUACAUGCUGAGCCAGGGGACCUGUCGGCAUGCAGUGCCAGACUCCACGGACCACUACAUCGGCUUCGAGACGGACCUGCAGGACCUGGAGAUGAGGUACCUCCUUCAGAAGCGCGACAGCCGCCUUGUGGUGCACGCCAUCUUCAUCAGCAACGACAUGCGGCUGAACCACUGGUUCGACCCGUCCUGGAGAAAGCGGAUGCUGCUCACGCUCAAAAGCAACAAGUAUAAAUCCAAUCACGUCCACAUGCUCCUUGGAAUUUCCCUUCAGAUUUGCCUUACUAAGAACAGCACCUUAGAACCGCUGCUCUCUGUUUAUAUUAACCCGUUUGGCGGCAGCCAUUCAGAGAGCUGGAUCAUGCCCAUCAAUCAAAACAGUUACCCAGACUGGGAAAGGACUAAGCUAGACAUACCUCUAGAUUGCUACAACUGGACGUUGACUUUAGGCAACAAAUGGAAAAGCUUUUUCGAGACAGUUCACUUCUACCUACGGAGCCGAAUAAAAACUACGUCGGCUCAGGGGAAUGUGACCAGCUAUUACGAACCGCUGGAGGCCAUGGAGUCAUCUCAGAACUUGGGUUACAUGAAAAUAAACAGUAUGCAGUUGUUCGGCUACAGUAUGCACUUUGACCAGGAGGCGAUUCAGGAUCUGAUCCUGCAGCUGGACUAUCCGUACACUCAGGGAUCCCAGGACUCUGCAUUGCUUCAGCUCGUAGAGAUUCGAGACCGUGUCAACCGACUGUCCCCACCCGGGCCACAGCGACUGGACUUGUUCUCCUGCUUGCUUCGACACCGGCUCAAACUAUCAGCCUCAGAAGUGGCCCGGAUAUUAGCUGCUUUGCAGUCAUUUAGCGCCAAGCAACCAUACUCAAUGGAAUACGACGCAACCAAGCUAUGUAGCUAAUAAGGCGGCGUGGAAAGGCAUGACAAACAUCGGUCUUAAGACACUGUACAGCAUACGGGCCUCAUUACACCUGCAUUGUUGAGUAAGGAAUUGGAACAUUUUCAUAGCGGAGGGCUUGCUUCAACGCUCUAAGCUAACAUUAGUCUUGAGACAGCAGACGUACAAUACAGACUCACUGCCUUUGCAUUUGAUACAUGUUACAGCGAUUUGGGAUGUUUUGGAAACAGUGACAACAACCAUAAUAAUAAUGACGUGGUUUUGCCUGGAAAUUCGUAUGAAAAUGAUACAAUUUCCAUGCUCAAUGACUUGUGAAAUCCGUGGAAGAAACACAACAAUUGGCCCAGGAGUUUUUUUUUUUUAUGACUUUGUUAUAAUUUAAAUCCUAACUCCGCAUGAUCCUUUUAUGUUUCUUACUUGGUAAUACACUAUACUGAAUCGGCAACCUCUCUGUUGUGAUCAGGGCCUCAAAGGACCUUUUAUUUAAUUGUAUUUAGUAUUCACUAAUAUCCGUAUCUAUAGUUCCAGUUUCCUGUUGUUGUUUGUUAUGAAUAUUUUUAUAAGUAUUUGUAAACAAAUCAACAAAGUAUUCAAGAAACGAACGGCCGUUCAGCAAACGUUCCUGCGAUAUUUGCUGUGGCUGUUUUUCUUUUAUACGGUUUGAUGUUUGUGACGGAUUAAAAAGAAGGUCAAAAUUAACUACAUAUUCAAUUUGUUAAUAUUCAAAUAAAAGUCGUUUUAAGUGCAGUCUGUAAAUUAAAGAACUACGUUUUUGUAAAUCAGAUAUAUGCUCUUUGAUCUUUUACAGGUCAGAAAUGAGUCUUAAGCAUUUUUAAUGAUCACUUCACAUAAUUUUUUAUGAAGUUACAGCAUAAUAAAUUCCAUAAAAUACUUUAAUUUCAUAAUUCAUUUAGUGAUUUAAAUCUUCAGUGACUCGUAGAAACUGAACUUAAAAAUCGCAGAUUCAGCUUAUGUAGACUAUAAAGUAAAUACAAUAUGUUUUAGUAUUAUGUUUAAUUCAACAACUAAGGGAAAGGUGCUCAAUUAUAAGGGAUUAUGGGACAUUCUAGCCUUUGCCUGGUGUGGCUUGAAUUAUUUUGCAGUCCAUAAUUCAAGUUGUAAUCCCUCCCCCCACUCGGAAGUUUCAUUAUACUGGCAAAAUGAAAUUUUAUCAGACCACAUUUAUUAUAAUUUGAGCAUCUGUUGCACGUGAAAUUGCCCCGACAAUACUGCUUCUGUGUAGCACAUGUGAGAGAGCGAGUUGUCACCCUCGUUUGUUUGUGGUGGUGAGGGACGUUUAUUUCCUCCCAGCACCCGCAUGGGCCGAGAAGCUGCUUCGCUCAGCAAUGUUCAGCAACCUAAGCGCGCUACAAAUCAGUAACGUUCAACGGAGAACGUCAGCUCCAGAAAUGGACGACGAAGCAAAUCUUGCUGCGAAAUGUUGAGAAAAGCGUAGCCUAUUUACCCUGCUUGUUCAUCUGAGCUUCCUAAUGGAGUAACUGAUUUGCUGUAUUAUACUUAAUUUAUUACCUAUUUUACAUAAAGUAAUGUUACAUCUAA